AUGCAGAAGAGAGAGCAGAACAAGUUGGGUGGCAAUGUUGGUAGCGCAUCUGCUCCUCCGGCUAAGCGAGGCCGUCCAUUCGGCAGUGUAAACAGCAACGCUGCUGCUGCAGCCGCUGCGGCGGAGACCUUGGCUCCAUCGGCACUUCUUGGCCCUUCUCUUCAUAUUCAUACUUCCUUCGCGGAUCAAAACAAUAAAAGGAUAGUGUUGGCUCUACAGAGUGGAUUGAAGAGUGAAUUGACAUGGGCACUUAACACUCUCACUCUUCUCUCCUUCAAAGAGAAGGAUGAUAUGCGUAGAGACUCCACUCCUCUGGCUAAAAUUCCAGGCUUGCUCGAUGCUCUUCUUCAAGUUAUUGAUGAUUGGCGUGAUAUAGCACUUCCAAAGGAUCAUGUAAAGAAGCAAAGGGUCAGAACAUUAGGUGCUAAUUCUUAUAUAACGGGAUUUGGGAAUGAAUUUGAGGCUCUGGGCUCAAAUGGCCUGAGACCUGGUUCUUCAGCUUCAGAGGCAACGGGUCAUGCUCCCAAACCAUCUCCUCGACAUUGGUGGCUCGAUGAAGAUGGUCUAUUUAAUCGGGAUGAUGAAGGACGAGCAGAAAGACAGCAAUGUGCUGUUUCCGCUUCAAAUAUCCUCCGAAAUUUUUCUUUCAUGCCAGAGAAUGAAUCCAUUAUGGCUCAACAUCGACAUACUCUGGAAACAGUGUUUCAAUGUGUAGAAGAUCAUAUUACAGAGGAUGAAGAGCUUGUCACAAAUGCACUAGAGACAAUUGUGAAUUUAGCCCCGCUCCUUGAUCUUCGUAUCUUUAGCUCAUCAAAGCCGUCCUACAUCAAAAUAACAGAAAAACGUGCAGUUGAAGCUAUCAUGGGAAUGCUGGGAUCUGCAGUCAAAGUUUGGCACUGUGCUGCUGCAGAAUUACUUGGACGAUUGAUAAUAAAUCCCGAUAAUGAGCCGUUCCUUCUCCCCUUCGCCCCCCAGAUUCACAAGCGCUUAGUUGACCUUAUGAGCAUCCCAGCUUUGGACGCACAAGCAGCAGCUGUUGGUGCUCUGUAUAACCUUGUCGAAGUUAAUAUGGACUGCAGAAUAAAGCUGGCAAGCGAACGAUGGGCAAUCGAUCGACUUCUUAAAGUUAUCAAGACCCCUCAUCCAGUUCCAGAAAUAUGCAGGAAAGCAGCAAUGAUAUUGGAGAGUCUUGUAUCUGAGCCACAGAACAGGGGUUUGCUCCUAGCAUAUGAAAACGCAUUUGCAGAAAUACUAUUCUCAGAUGGAAGAUAUUCAGAUACAUUCGCUAGGAUAUUGUAUGAACUAACAUCCAGACCAAACAAUAAAGUUGCUGCUGCACAAGGUGUAUGGGGCAUGUGAUCACAAGUAUCAUUCAUUCGCUCGGGAUUACUCAACUAGUACUCGUAAUCGAUCAAGCUAAGGACACACGACCACAUCGUUGCUGCAUGUAAAUAUAUCAGCAUAUUGGCUUAUCAGCGAUUAAAAGUCGACUAAUUUUCGAUCAUCGAAGUCUGUAUUUCUCAGUCUGUACUGCUUAUGUAGAACAACUAAUGGCAUCCAAUAUGAACAAUGGGUAUUUGAGAA